UGCACUUGAUUUGUGCUGCUUCCACUUUUUGUUUCCAACUUUUGUUCGGUUGCAGAGGUAUAUCUGCCACGUGGGAUUCUACGAUUUGUUGUAUUUCUUUGCUUUACUUUGCAGAUCUGAUUUGAAAUUGCUAGACCAUUUUGUUGCGUUCCUAUUAAACAACCACUGGAAUGGCUUGGUUUACGGGAUCAGUCAGCGAUGCUGUGAAGCUAUGCAAAGAGCGCUCCGGAGUUCUCUGCAUCUUUGUGAGAGAUGCCAGUAACGAAGGACUGGACGGAUAUUUUGGAGAGAGCGACGUCAAAAACUUGAGCGAGAAGCCUGGCGUUGUUCUGCUGCGCAUUAUCCAGGGCAGCAAUGAAUAUGAAAUGCUAAAUUCCGUUUAUCCCGUCACGGCCGUGCCUAUGCUGCAGUUCAUCGAUGGUGCAACGGGACGACUCCUGUUUUCGGUUUCUCCCAAGAACAAGGACGAUGUUGUUAACGGCAUGCGGGAGGGCAUUGAGACCUGGAAUCGCCAGCGCGGUGUGCCACCGACAGCGCCUCUGGUGGCAGCAGCGGCCGCAACGCCCACGGUUGUCCGAUUAGCACCGGAGUCGCAGACUUCGCAGAAUCAACCGUCGGAGAGUACUUCUGAUUCCGCUGCAUCGCAAGAUGAUCUCGAUGCUCGAAUUGCUCGAGCUCACGCCAAGGCAGCGGAAAUCCGUAAACGCAAGGAAAAGGAAGUCGAGGAAGAGCAGCGUCAGAAAGAAGCACAACGUCGUCAGGAUCAGAAGCUCAUGGCCGAAGCCGAGCGCCAGCGUAAAGUCAACGAAGCCGAACAGGUCCGUAAAGAUCUGGCCAAAGAGAAGCGGGACGACGAGGUGUACCGCCAGAAGAUUCUAGCGCAGUUGAAGCAGGACCAAGAAGAACGCCACCGCCGUGAUGCCGAAGCCAAGGGCGCAGCGCCGCCAUCACCACCCGCUCCGGUGCAGAGCCCCGUCAAGGAAACACCGUCCACAUCCUCCGGUAUCGAUUAUACCAAAUCGAAAAUUCAGUUCCGCUACGAGACCGCGGAAGGCAUGCGGACCUUCGUGGGAACGUUCGAGGCCACGGAUCCGCUGCUGGAAGCCUUUGAAUUCGCUCGAAAAGAGACGGGAUUGCGGGGAGAAAUCGGAUUUCUUCAGAUGUACCCGCGGAAGGAGUUCACGAAACAGGAUGCCAAGUCGACAUUGCGGUUAUUGGGGCUGGUACCGAAUGGUGUACUGAUCGUUGUGCCUGCGGAUGCGGCGAAGCGCGGAAUUGUUGCUCAGCCUUCCAAUGGGUUCAUUCAGAAUUUAAUGGCGAACAUCUUGUUCUUGUUGAAACUGCCCGUUCAGGCUUUGAAUUAUCUUGUGGCUCUUUUGUUUCCACCACGGAGAGAUGAUUCGCCUUUCGCCGGAGGCGAUAAUACUCGAAGAGGACCAGCCGGCGUACAAGGGAAUCGUGGCAAUGACAAUCUCCGUCGGCGUCAUCCAUCGGAUAAUGCGACGUAUAAUGGAAAUUCCACACAGCAGAUGUGAUGUGAAAAUUUGGAAUUCACAUGCUUUUUAGUCAGUUCAAGUUGAAUGUGUUUUUUGCGACGAUUUUGUCUUUUUGAGUUGCGCACUGGUUUUUUAUAGAAAUGAUUUCAGACUUGCGUUGUCGGCAGUACGAAGUAGAGAUGGUGCAUCACUAAAUUUUCUUUUAAAGCACUUAGCAUUCUUCAUAGUUCUAUCGGUGCACUAUGCAUUGGCCCGUUAGUGCUCCGUACAACAUACAGCCAUUAAGUUUGGUUCUCCAAUAAAAAGGUUUUGCGCGG